AUGGAUAUUAUAAGGUUCUACAAAGUACCUGGCCUAAAAUGUGGUCAUCUUAAAAACAAAUUUAAGAAUCUUACUCAAAUAACACAUUUAAUUACUGGUUUGGAAACUGAAUUGUGUUAUUAUAUUGAAAUUAAAGAACCUUUGAAUGAAGAAGAAUUAAAAACCUUAAAGUGGAUCUUAACUCCCCCUUUAGAGUUACAUAGUUUGAAGAGUUCAAGUACAUUUGAUGAAAAUUCAAACAACUAUCUACUUAUUGAAAUUGGACCAAGAUUAAAUUUUUCUACAGCAUUCUCUGUCAAUGCUGUAUCAAUUUGUAAAUCUAUACACUUAAAUAAAAUAACAAGAAUUGAAGUAGCAAUUAGAUAUUAUAUUAAAUACAAUGGAGUAAUCGAAAAAGAAGUUGAAGAUGCUAUAACAGAUUCACUGCAUGAUAAAAUGACUGAAUGUAGAUACAUAAAACCAAUAGAAACAUUUGAUCAUGGGUUUAGACCAGAAAAUUGGUUUGAUGUUAAUGUUUUAGAAGAGGGAAGAGUAGCAUUAGAAAAAGUAAACUUAAAAUUAGGUUUAGCAUUUGAUACUUGGGACUUAGAUUUUUACACAGAUUUAUUUCUCAACAAAUUAAAGCGCAAUCCAACUAGUGUAGAGUGCUUUGAUUUAGCACAAUCUAAUAGUGAACAUAGUCGUCAUUGGUUUUUUAAGGGUCGAAUCAUAGUUGAUGGUGAAGAAAUAAAGGAAUCUUUAAUCGAUAUGAUUAUAGGAACGCAAAAAUACUCUAAUCCAAAUAAUACAAUUAAGUUUAGUGAUAACAGUAGUGCAAUUAAUGGUUACCAAACAAAAGUUCUACGGCCAAACAAGACAUUUACAUGUAGUCCUUUUCAUUUGGAAAAUGUAAAUCAAGAUCUGAUAUUCACUGCAGAAACUCACAAUUUUCCAACUGGAGUUGCUCCAUUUAGUGGAGCUACAACUGGAACUGGUGGAAGAUUGAGAGAUAUUCAAGGGAUUGGUAGAGGAGGAUAUUAUAUUGCUGGAACAGCUGGUUAUUCAGUUGGUAACUUAUGCAUUCCAGAGUACAAUUUACCAUGGGAAGAAACAAAUGUACUAUAUCCUAGCAAUAUAGUUUCCCCAUUAGAAAUUAUUAUUGAAGCUAGUAAUGGAGCAUCUGAUUAUGGUAAUAAGUUUGGAGAACCAGUCAUAUCUGGUUUUGCUCGUUCUUUUGGUAUGACGGAUGAAAUUGGUAUACGUCGAGAAUGGAUCAAACCCAUAAUGUUUAGUGGGGGAUUGGGUACAAUGGAUACUGAUAUGUCUCAAAAAGUCCCACCAGAAAAAGGUAUGGAAGUCAUUAAAAUUGGUGGUCCCAUUUAUAGGAUUGGUGUUGGGGGUGGUUCAGCUAGUUCUAUUGAGGUGCAAGGAGAUAAUAAAUUAGAAUUAGAUUUUGGAGCAGUACAGAGAGGCGAUCCUGAAAUGGAGCAAAAAUUAAAUAGAGUUGUUCGUGCUUGUGCUGAAAUGGGGCAACAAAAUCCAAUACUCAGUAUACAUGAUCAAGGAGCUGGAGGCAAUGGUAAUGUUCUAAAAGAAUUAGUAGAACCCGCAGGUGCGGUGAUAUUCACAAAGAAAUUUGAAUUAGGCGAUUCAAGUAUCAAUACUUUGGAAUUAUGGGGUGCUGAAUACCAAGAAAAUGACGCCAUUCUUUGUAAACCAGAAGAUAGUGAUUUACUUAAAGAUAUAGCAGCACGAGAAAAAUGCCCUAUUAAUUUCGUAGGAACUGUUACAGGAAAUGGAAAGAUUAUUCUUUCAGAAGAGAAUGAUUGUGAUUCAUCAAAAUAUCUGAAUGAGAAUUAUAAAUAUAAAAUGAAGAAUCCAGUUGACUUAGAUUUAAAAUUAACUUUUAAUCUUCAAAGACAAAUAAUUCAAUUACCUACUAUUAAAUUGCCAGUAGAUUUAACUGUACAAGCUGCUUUGGAAAGAGUUCUACGAUUGCCUUCGGUAGCAAGUAAACGAUACUUAACUAACAAAGUUGAUCGUUGUGUUACUGGAUUAAUAGCACAACAACAGUGUGUUGGUCCCCUUCAUACACCUCUUGCUGAUGUUGCUGUAACUGGAAUUUCUCAUUUUUCUAUGGUUGGUAUAGCAACUUCUAUUGGAGAACAACCAAUAAAGGGUCUUGUAAAUCCAGCAGCUGGAGCCCGCAUGACUGUAGCUGAAGCAUUGAGUAAUUUAGUUUUUGCACGCAUUUCAGAUAUAAAGGAUGUUAAAUGCAGUGGAAAUUGGAUGUGGGCUGCUAAAUUACCAGGCGAAGGUGCCACUUUAUAUGAUGCAUGUUUCGCUAUGUGUUCGAUUAUGAAAGAAUUAGGAAUUGCAAUUGAUGGAGGAAAGGAUUCUCUCAGUAUGGCUGCACGAAUUGGAAAUGAUGUUGUCAAAGCACCAGGGACACUUGUGGUAUCUUGCUAUGCUCCUUGUCCUGAUAUUCGACAAGUAAAUGAAAAAACAUUUUUGUAA